AUGGCAGACUCAACCGAUCUCAACCUUGACGAUGCGCCCAGCGACCUUCAAGACAUCCCCGAACUGGCAAUGCAAUUAGUUCCGCCUCCAGAGGGGACAUACCCUGACAAGGCAUCUCUUCUCGCCGCAGUUCAGGACCAUGGCAAGGAACAUGGCUACAAUGUGGUUGUCAAGUCGUCAAGCACGCCCACGGAGAAGAAACCUGGCCGCACCGCUAAGGUGUGGCUGCGUUGUGAUCGUGGCGGCCACUAUCGGCCACGGAACGGUCUGACUGAGGAAACGCGCAAGCGCCGCAGAACCUCGCGGUUGAUGGAUUGUCCUUUCAUGCUAGUCGCAGCCGGUUCUCCGGGUAUCUGGACCCUGACAGUGCUAAAUGCGACGCACAAUCAUGGUCCUAUUAUCGAGAAGCCGCGGCAGGUGCCUCAUCACAAGGUCCGCAAGGGCCAGCUACCAGCCACUCCAUAUGAUUGGCCCCAUGAUGCUUCAUUCACCCCAUACACCACUGCGCUUGUGAUAAUUGACAUGCAAAAGGACUUCUGUUUGCCCGAAGGAUACAUGGGAUAUCAGGGUUAUGAUAUUUCUAGCGCACAGGCUUUGAUUCCUCCCUUGCAAAGAUUGCUUCAUGCUUUCCGCUCUGGGGGCUUCCCAGUCUACCAUACUCGCGAGGGACACCGACCCGAUCUAUCUACUCUCUCAAGUCGUGAGGCAUACCGAUCCCGUAACAAUGCAUCCGGCUUGGGUAUCGGUUCCCCUGGUCCCAUGGGCCGCCUACUUAUCCGUGGCGAACUGGGCCACGACACUGUUGACGAAUUGUAUCCUCUUCCCGGUGAGCCGGUCAUCGACAAGCCCGGCCGAGGUGCCUUUGCACACACCGAUUUUGAGCUCCUCCUUCGCAACAAAGGAGUGAAAAACCUCGUCAUUGCGGGUGUGACCACUGAUGUCUGCGUCUCGACGACCAUGCGCGAAGCUAACGACCGUGGCUUUGAUUGUGUCGUCUUAGAUGAUGGCACUGCAGCCGCCGAGCCAUCGCUACAUAUGAGCACUAUACAAUCGAUCAAGAUGGAAGGCGGAAUUUUUGGAACUGUUGCCAAGUUGGAAGACGUCAUUCACGCUGUUGAUAAUUUCAAAACCGUCACCAUGAAGAAGCUGGCUCCUCAGAUGACCGUCUAA